AUGAUCCAUCCGGCAACAAUAGAAGGUUUCUUGGAUGAUCAUCCGGAUUCUUAUUGGUUAGUAACAAAUGUACUAAGUGUCGAGUGGCGAAAAGGAUGUCUAACAACUGCUGGUUGUGCGGAACCAAGAUUUCAAAUAACUAAAAUGAAUACUGCCAACGAUGAAGCCAAUUUAAUUAGCUGGCCUGUCACAUUCAAAUUAGCUGAGGAAACUUCACGUUCAUUCAUAUCACAUUGGACAUCCAGAAGUGUUAGCGAUAUUAUCUUGAAAUGUGAAGUGGUUGGUUUGGAUCCUACGUAUGGAUUUCCGAGGAUAUGCGAUACCACUCAUUCCAAACACAUUUUUGAUGAUGAGAAUGAUCAUCUGGGACGGUCAAGGAAGCAAUAUUUGACCAAUGGGAAACUUGUCGUAGAAGUGAAAGGGAAAUGUUUCAAUGCAUCACUUGCUCUACAGAAAUAUGAUCGUUGUCCAACAUGUGUGGAACAUCGUAGUAUUGCUGUCGUUGAGCAGUACACUGAUCCGGAAACAAGCAACGACUUCUUUCAUCGUCUCAACGGCAACAGUCAGUUUCUGUAUGCGGUCGUGAUCCUGUCAGCAUUUACAGUUAUUUUGACAACAGGAUUUGCUUGUUUAUUGAUUGCUUUUCUGCAUCAAAAACAUCAGGUGAGCGUAUCCACGUCCAAGCAACUCUUACGUUCGGAACCACCAAAUAUCACACAUCCGUUGCGUGCAUGUGAAGAUGACUCAAGAUACGAUGUAACGUGGGAGCAAGUGCCAACAAUGUAUGGACGAUCACCGUAUCGAAGUUUCCAAAAUAAAAAUGGUUUCACACCAAUAUCCCCUUCAUUAAUGGAUCCCAUAGCAGAUGUCAUGGUAUUGGCUCAAUCGGACUGUCGCAAAACUUCACCAAGUUCUUCAUUCGGUAUUGAACCACAUGAUAGUGGUUUAGAAUUUGUUUAAUGUAUGUGUAUCCAUCUAUAUGAUUCUUAUGCUUUUAGUGGUAGUGUCAUCGAAUGUAUUUGAAAAUU